CGAAAGUAAAAAGUUUCACGCUUCUGGAGUCUGUUUUAUGCGAUAUUUAACCUAUCCAUUAGUGGCAAAAACACACAAUCAUCGAAAGAAGGCAGCAGAGAUUCAUGUGUAGCGAACGAGAAAGGUAAGGAUGAGUAACGGGUAGAAGGGGAAGAAGGAAAACGAUGAAACUAGUCGGAGGGAAACAAAAGAGAGAAAAAGAGAGGAAACGGGCAGGCGUAAAAAGGAGAGAGUGAAGGAUAGUGAAACAGAGAAUGGGAUGCGAUGGCGGCGGGUAUGGCAGGGGUAGGUCUUGCUAGGCGGGCACCCGCUGGCGGCAUUUGCAGGUACGGCGAUGAACAACACGGCAAAGUCUAUCGCCCGUUGUGCGAUGAACGAGAGUGAAUAACAACGUCCUCGAAGUAACCGGUGUGGCCGUCAGGAAAUCGAUCACCAACAACGCUAAUUCGAACAUAAAGAAACGGUUAACGAAUGCAAAUCAAUGCACGGGAACGGAGAGACAACAGUGCCGAUUCGAUGACAUGUAUCAUCUCGUGAGUACGCUGUUUAUCAUCGUCGGUACACUGGGGACGAAUCAUCCCCGUGUUGUUCUCGCCAGCAACAACGGUAAAUCGAAUUUGAUCAGUGUUGCGAAGUGUUGCGAGCCCGAGGAACUUCUCGUCGACGACACGUGCACGCCAUUGACGGAAACGAACGAGACGGAGUGGCGGCCGGAGUUCGUGGAGGAGAAGGUCAACGGUAUUUCGAGAAGCAGGCCAAUCAAGCCGAAUUAUCAAUUGAAAAUCGGAAGACCGAAGUGUCAGUCGAACGAGCAUCAAUGGAACGUCUACCAUUCUCAAUCGGGCGAAGAUCGAUUGGCGAUAUUGACCAGUGGUGUAUUGCGACACUAUACCACACAUUUGACAAGGGGAAAUUACGAUCAAGGUGCUUACGGAUUAGAGGAUGACGAUGACGAUGAUCUCGAGACGAUUUCUAAUCAUCAUGACUACUUGUUCGGACAUUAUUGCAUUGAUAAAGCAGUUUUAAGCAGAGAUCGAUUGGUAGCGACCUACGCUAUGGUUUGUGUGCCCAACGUAAUUGUCAGAUGGACUGAUACGAAUUAUUUAAUGAAACAUGGAAUUGAUCCUACUUUUCACGCAAUGUCGAUAGCCAGUUACCUAGUCGUUGCGGUUGUCUAUUUCGUCUUACCGCAACUGCGUGAUCUCGUGGGAAACAUGAUAACUAGUAUGACUCUGUGCCUUAUUGCCGGUCAAUGUGCCUCUACAGUUCGAAUCUUCACGGAAUUUGGCAAUCACGUCAGUUUUAUGGUUGCCGAUACCGUAAUGUAUGUCUCGUUGCUUGCUGCAUUUUUUUGGCUCAACGCUUUGGGUUAUUACGUAUGGAGUACUUUUCGUUCACGCAAUGUGUUUCUACGAGUGACUGACGGCAGAAAAUACUGUUAUUAUUCUUCGUACGUUUGGGGUUCAACAGUUUGUAUAGCGGGAACAGCAAUUUUUGCGCAUUUUGCUUUAGAAACUAAUAAACCCACGAUCGGUGGAACGUUGUAUCCACCGCAAGAAACUAUUGGUUGGCUCGGUAUUUCCAUGAUAUUCACGUCCAUCGCGUUUACGAUAAUCAUUGAUCUAUCUUUUGUAUUGACGACCGCGAAUAGAAUAAAACGAAUGAGCACGUAUGGUCGAAUUCAUCAUAAAAUGAAAUACAGCUUUAGGAUGUUCGUUUUCUUGUUUGCUAUAAUGAGUAUGGGUUGGUUAUCGCUGUUGCUGUCACGAUUGAAUUAUAACGCACUUGUAUAUUGUCAUAUUGUUAUUAAUCUUCUCCAAGCCAUUUCUAUACUAUAUGUUUGCGUGUUUGGACAAAGAAGGGUUACAUUUUUACUUGGUAAAACGUGCAAUUGCUGUAAUUCUGAAGAUAACAUUGAAGGGCUCGAUUGGGGGGAAGAAAUGAUUGCCAUUAACGCGGGAUAUUAAGAUUCUACCUAUUGCAUAUUUUAUACUCUUAAAAUAUACAUAUCAAGCCACAUGAGUUAAACUGAUCAUAAUUCUAAUUCUGACAUAUGCAAAGAAGUGCAUUAUCAGUUAUAUAAACAGUAUUAAGUAUAUCAUGAAGUUAAUAUCAAAAAGCAUGACAAUUAUAAAAAUUAAAAAAGACUAUAAUUCUAUAUGUAUGAAUUUUAGUAUAUCAAGAAGAUAUUGCACAAAGCCUUAUUUAAUUACAAGAAUUCAUAAAACUAUUGGAACUUGAAAUAUUGAUUUUAAUAUUUAGCGUUUAUGGUUCUAUGUGCCUUGAAACUAAAUGACUUCUGCCUUAUCAA